UACACUUGCCACUUAGUGCGGGUAGCGUGUUCUUGCCACUUGUGUGUGCACGCAAAGGCCGUGGCGUGUAACCUGCUUACCGAAGGACCAACCUCCAAAAACCACGUUUUAUAGGCGAGCGCGUAAAAGGGCCUUUGAAGAUCUGCAUGCUCUAACGGCCGAUGAAGUUUUCCAAGUGGGCCAGCUUGGCGACGGCUUGAUCCCGGUUGAAGAGCAGCAUGGCCGAAGAGAGCGGAGCCAUCUGCUUUCAACAUUCAACUCCGACCUCGAGAGCUUGGAGCCAGAUGAAGCCCAACGUGCUGACCUCCGGCCUCAGCAAAUUUCAGAGAGCUCAGGCUCCGAGCUCUCGAGCUCGGAGCCAGAUGAAUUCGACCGAGUUGACUUCCAGCCUGGGGACAAUCCGGAGAGCUCAGGCACAGAGUUUGAGAGCUCGGAGGCAAAUGAAUUCGACCGAGCUGACCUACAGCCUCAGAACAUUCCGGAGAGCUCGAUUCGAUAUGAAGAGAAGAGAAAUUGCGAGGAUGCGGACAUUCAUGAAUCGAUUGUAGGAAAACUCCGGAGCUGGGCUCUUGACACGGCUACGCCUCACCGCGCACUCACUGAGCUUCUGAAGAUUUUGCAAACUCAUUCCUGUUUUGCAUCAAUCCCCGGCAGUGCUAGAUCACUGCUUAAAACCCCCAGAAAGGCAUGUGUAGAGAAGAUGGGAGCCGGCAAAUACUGCCAUUUCGGUGUGAAGGAAGGACUUGACGAUACUUUGAAACGAGCACGUUUUGUGCCAGACGUCAUCAAGAUCAAUGUAAACAUUGACGGUCUUCCGCUCACAAAAAGCACCCGUGAUCAGUUCUGGCCUGUGCUAUGCCAUGUGACCAAUUGCGGGAAAUGUGACCCCUUUCCCAUUGGUGUUUACUAUGGCAAAUCAAAAGCCGUUUGUGCGGAGGAAUUUCUGCGGCCUGCUGUGUCCGACAUCAUUGAAGCACUGAGCGACGGAUUAAUCUUCAAGGGCAGGCAUUUGCGAAUCGAGCUUUCUGUGCUCAUCUGUGAUGCUCCCGCAAAGUCCUAUGUCCUCGGCAUCAAGGGCCACAAUGGUUACUUCAGUUGUACAAAAUGCCAAACAGAAGGUGACUUUCUCAAUGGUCGCGUGUGCUUUCUGCAGCUUGAUGCCACGUUGAGAACAAAUGCGAGUUUCCGAAGCCAUGCACAAGAGGAACAUCAUCUCCAAAGAACUGAACUGGAAAAGCUUCCUAUUGAUCUAGUGAAGAACGUUCCAUUGGACUAUAUGCACCUUUUCUGUUUAGGUGUGGUUUCUAAGCUCCUGAGAUUAUGGCUCAAGGGUGACAGCAGGUGUCGGUUAGGCACGGCUGCACGAGAUGCUAUAUCUUUAGCCAACCUUGAGAUUGAACGGUACAUCUGUUCUGAUUUUGGUCGAAAGCCCAGAAGUCUGCUCGAUUUAGACCGCUGGAAGGCGGUAGAAUUUCGGCUCUUUGUGUUAUACACAGGGCCCAUUGUUUUUUACUCGAGAGUUCCAGAGCCUUUCUUCUUCAACUUCAUGACUCUGCACGCUGCCAUCACAAUUCUCAGCAGCCCAAAACUUUGCCUUGAGUAUGUGGACUAUUCUGAACAACUGCUUGUACAUUUUGUCGAGACCUACAUUUCAUUGUAUGGAAAGGAUAAGGUGUCGCAUAACGUGCACAACCUUAUCCACAUUGCGAAUGAUGCACGCACUCAUGGACCCUUGGAUGGGUGGAGUGCAUUCCCUUUUGAGAACUUUAUGGGGACAUUGAAAGUCUUUCAAAGGACACCCGAGAGACCCUUGGAGCAACUCUACAACAGAAUCACUGAACGCAGAAGUAUGUUUGUGAAGACAAAGUUCAAGGAUAAAAAUCACUUUUUCCAUGAACAUGUCAAUGGCCCACUGUCUGUUGGAUGUAAAGGCCCUCAAUACAAGGCUGUUCAAAUCCCUCACAAAUUUACGUUGAGGACUCGCAUCAAUGACAACACCUGUAUGCUCAACGAUGGUGACAUCAUCAUGAUCCAGAACUUCACUUUUUGCUCCACGUCUGGCCAGGCACUGGUGAUCGGCAAGCGGUUCGAGAGCUCAAGUGACUUGUAUACCCACCCCUGUCCGUCGUCAAUGCUUGGUGUUGUGCUGGCGUGUAACCCUUCCGUCACCAAAUCGUGGCCACUUUCAGAUGUUGCCCAGAAAUGUGUCCGAAUGCCUUACAAGGGGAAAUUUGCUGUCUUUCCUUUACUUCAUUUGCAGUAAUGUCACCUCUUUCAACUUUGGUUGUAUAUUGAUCUGCAAUCUUCAUUUGUUGACAGAAUCUUUCUUUUUUAUUU